AUGAUCUUCGGCUCGGAGCCACCGCUGUAUUUGAAGCCCGUUGGACGCCGCGGCCUGCGGCGGCACGAUGCGGAUGUUCUGCAGCACUACCCGGGCUACGUGCACCCCGUUGUGCAGUUCCCAGGGAGUGACGGGUACAUCGGCGAUAACCACCGCCUGCACCCGUUCCUCACCUCCGCAGAAGAGUUGCGACACGAGCGGGUGGUGGAGGCCGAGCGUCGGCAACGCGUUAUCGAGGCACGCCGAAGACGCUACUGUGAGCAAGAAACUAGUUUGAGACAGCGGAGGGAGGAGGAGUUUCAACGGGAGCAGCGUCACAAGGAAAAAAUAGCCGGUCUCUCGAUUCGAAACGAACCCGGCGACGGGCGUGAUACCAUCACGCAGCGCUGCGUGACCGUGGGCGCACUCCGUCAACAUGAGUACACGGCUGCGGCGGAAAGGCACAAAUACUUUGUGAGACAACGUCGUCUAUUUGAAAAAAACAAUGUUCAUGGGUACAACAUUAUAACAGGUGGAGAGUUGCCUUCAAUAGUUGUACCACCGAUGCCGGUCCGUCCACCCGCCGCGGAAAUAGCCUAG